CGGCGCGGGGGGGCUUCCAGCACUAGCGGUGCAUCAACGCAUCCAUCCGAGAUCCGAGAGGAGUUCUCCAGCAGCUGACUUUGAUCCCUCAAGCCGUCAGACUCUCGCAUUCACCCGCAGCCCAUCCAGGCUAUGAAUCCAGGGCGCUUAAUCGCCCUCCAAUCCUGCCACUCUCAGCUGGGAGCCCCACUCUUAUUUGGCUCAAGUCCACUCACCCCGACAUCCACCACCAGCGUCUGAGCAUCUCGGUAUUUCAACCCAUCUCCUCCCUCUUCAUGUCACUACCUCGCUAGCCCACUCCCACUCACAAUGCGCUUCCGGACACGCAUUGCUAAUGUUGCGCUACUUCACAAAAUCGUACGCUCCCUCGCCGCACUCGCCAAGGUCUGCGUCGUCCGCCUGAGUCCAGAGUCGGUGCACUUCAUCGUGCCAGGAAACGAGGGGCGUGAUGGUGUGCAGGUGUGGUCCCAAGUCAAAGUUCCUACGCUCUUCGACCACUUCCGCAUCGAGUCGAACAACAACAACGAGAUCUGGUUAGAAGUCAACCUCGACGCAUUUCUCAAAGUUCUCCGCAGCGCGGACACCUCUAGUGGGAUCGCCGACGGCGCGCGUGGUGGCAACGCCUCUUUGUCCGAUGCAGACGUCAUGGUCAAGCUCAACAAGCGCGACGGACGACCAGUGUGGACGUUUGAGAUCUCUGGACGAACGCCGCAGGGCAAUCCGAUCAACAUCGCGCACGAUAUUACUGUGCAUAUCAUCUCGUCAAGGCGGCAGAAGGAGCUCACUGAACCAUUGUGUCCGCCACCAGACAUCCAUCUUGUUUUGCCCAAUCUGUCAGAGCUCAAGACGAUUGUCUCACGGCUGGGUCAUCUCGCAGAGGACGUCACUCUGGCUGCCAAUCAUAAAGGGCAACUGGACCUCCGCGUGAAGACGAGCGGUGUGCACAUGAGCACAACCUGGAACAACCUCCGCAUUCCCACCACCACCGACUCCGAGAACGCGCCGCCGCCCCCGCCAGAACAAAUGUUCAGCACAACCAUCUCCAUCCGCGGCUUCCAGAAGUUCUUGACGAGCCACUACGUUAGUGGCGUUGCGAUUGCCUGCAUAUGCGAGGGACACUGCGUAAUUGCAUACGUCUACAUCGGAGAGAUUGACGAGGCUGGUGGCGUCUUGACGUUCUUCCUGCCUGCGAAGAACGUCGAUUAG